GCCUGAACUAGAGGUGUGCAGCACUCACAGCGACUGGACGGAAAUCUCUGCCUGUUCCAGGAACAACCAAACUCGGGGAACAUGUUUGCGGUACACUUGAUGGCGUUUUACUUCACCAAGCUGAAGGAGGAUCAGAUCAAGAAGGUGGACAGGUUCCUGUAUGACAUGCGGCUCUCAGAUGAGACCCUCCUGGACAUCAUGGCCCGGUUCCAGGCUGAGAUGGAGAAAGGCCUGGGGAAGGACACUAACCCCACCGCCUCAGUGAAGAUGCUGCCCACGUUUGUCAGGGCCAUUCCUGAUGGCUCAGAAAAUGGGGAAUUCCUUUCCCUGGAUCUUGGAGGAUCCAAGUUUCGGGUCUUGAAGGUGCAAGUCUCUGAGGAGGGGAAGCAAAAUGUCCAAAUGGAGAGUCAGUUCUACCCAAUGCCCAACGAAAUCAGCUGUGGGAAUGGCACAGAGCUCUUCGACUACAUAGCUGACUGCCUGGCAGAUUUCAUGAAGACCAAGGAUCUGACGCAUAAGAAGCUGCCCCUCGGCUUUACCUUCUCUUUUCCCUGCAGACAGAAUAAGUUGGAGGAGGGCUUCCUGCUUUCGUGGACCAAGAAGUUCAAGGCCCGGGGAGUCCAGGACACAGAUGUGGUAGACCGCCUAGCCAAAGCCAUAAAGAAGCACGAGGACCUGGAUGUGGACAUCCUGGCCUUGGUUAAUGACACUGUGGGGACCAUGAUGACUUGUGCUUAUGAUGAUCCCAACUGUGAAGUCGGUGUAAUCAUUGGAACGGGCACCAAUGCGUGCUACAUGGAGGACAUGAACAACAUUGACCUGGUGGAAGGUGAUGAGGGGCGGAUGUGCAUCAACACAGAGUGGGGAGGCUUCGGGGACGAUGGUGCUUUGGAGGACAUCCGCACAGAGUUCGACAGGGAGCUGGACCUCGGCUCGCUCAACCCCGGGAAGCAACUGUUUGAGAAGAUGAUCAGUGGCCUGUACAUGGGGGAGCUGGUCAGGAUCAUCUUACUGAAGAUGGCUAAAGUUGGCCUCCUGUUUGGGGGUGCAAAAUCCUCUGCUCUCCACACAAAGGGCAAGAUUGAAACACAGCAUGUCGCUGCCAUUGAGAAGAAUAAAGAAGGCCUGGCCAAUACAAGAGAGAUCCUGGUGGAUUUGGGCCUGGACCCCUCUGAGUCAGACUGCAUUGCUGUCCAGCAUGUCUGCACCGUGGUCUCUUUCCGCUCGGCCAAUCUCUGUGCGGCUGCUCUGGCCGCCAUCCUGACACGCCUCCGAGAGAACAAGAAGCUGGCCCGGCUCCGAACCACAGUGGGCAUGGAUGGGACGCUCUACAAAACACACCCUCAGUACCCCAAACGCCUGCACAAGGUGGUGAGGAGACUGGUCCCAAACUGUGACGUCCGCUUCCUCCUGUCGGAGAGUGGCAGCACCAAGGGGGCCGCUAUGGUGACCGCAGUGGCCUCUCGGGUGCAGGCCCAGCGUAAGCAGAUUGACAAGGUGCUGGCUUUGUUCCAGUUGACCCGGGAGCAGCUCAUGGGAGUGCGGGACAAGAUGCGGGCUGAACUGGAGUACGGGCUGAAGAAAAAGACUCAUGCUCUGGCUACUGUGAAGAUGCUUCCCACCUAUGUCUAUGGGAUGCCCGAUGGCACGGAGAAAGGAAAGUUUCUUGCCCUGGAUUUGGGGGGAACUAACUUCCGAGUCCUCCUGGUGAAGAUCAGAAGUGGACGGAGGUCGGUGCGAAUGUACAACAAGAUCUUUGCCAUUCCCCUGGAGAUCAUGCAGGGCACUGGGGAGGAGCUCUUUGACCACAUUGUGCAGUGCAUCGCUGACUUCCUGGACUAUAUGGGCCUCAAGGGUGCCCAGCUGCCUCUGGGCUUCACAUUCUCCUUUCCCUGCAGACAAACGUGCAUUGACAAGGGGACUCUAGUAGGGUGGACCAAAGGCUUCAAGGCCACCGACUGUGAAGGGGAGGACGUGGUGGACAUGCUCAGAGAAGCCAUCAAGAGGAGAAAUGAGUUUGACCUGGACAUAGUUGCAAUCGUGAAUGACACAGUGGGGACCAUGAUGACAUGUGGCUAUGAAGAUCCCAAUUGUGAGAUUGGCUUGAUUGCAGGGACAGGCAGCAACGUGUGCUAUAUGGAGGAGAUGAGGAACAUUGAGCUGGUGGAAGGGGAUGAAGGCCGGAUGUGCAUCAACACAGAGUGGGGAGGAUUUGGAGAUAAUGGCUGCAUAGAAGACAUCCGCACUCAGUACGACAAGGAGGUGGAUGAGGGCUCCUUGAAUGCUGGCAAACAGAGAUAUGAGAAAAUGACCAGUGGGAUGUACCUGGGGGAGAUUGUCAGGCGGAUCCUGAUCGACCUCACCAGGCAAGGGCUCCUCUUCCGAGGGCAAAUUUCAGAGCGACUCCGGACCAGGGGUAUCUUUGAAACCAAAUUCCUGUCUCAGAUUGAAAGCGACCGGCUGGCCCUCCUGCAGGUCAGGAGGAUUCUGCAGCAGCUGGGCCUGGACAGCACGUGUGAAGACAGCAUCGUGGUGAAGGAGGUGUGUGGGGCGGUGUCUCGGAGGGCUGCCCGGCUCUGCGGCGCAGGCAUGGCCGCCAUCGUGGAGAAGAGGAGAGAAGACCAGGGGCUCCAGCACUUCAAGGUCACCGUGGGUGUGGACGGCACACUGUAUAAACUGCACCCCCACUUCUCCCGGAUACUGCAGGAGACUGUGAAAGAACUGGCCCCACAGUGUGACGUGACAUUCAUGUUGUCAGAAGACGGCAGUGGGAAGGGAGCAGCUCUGAUCACAGCUGUAGCCAAGAGGUUACAGCAGUCGCAGAAGGAAAACUAGGCGGCCCUGCAGGGCCGUGAUACCCCAUGCCGAGCAGGGGCCACCUGGCUGACCUCGUCAGCACUCUUAGCACCCUGGUGCCAGCUUUGCAGUGAUACUCGUGAAACCUCCAUUUGGUAUAUUUUGGCUAAAGAUAGGCUGCCUUUCAAAAACAAAUGAUUUGGCCCAAGAGAUCCCUUUUUGGCAAAUUUUUCACUUGAGCGGUUGAUAGCUUCAGGUCUGUGGCUGCCAGACUCCAGAUCAGGUGGCUGGUGUCUUGGUCCCUCUCUGGCAGUGAGCUACCUCUCAACCAAUGAAUGAACCCGUGAGAGGGAGAAAGAGUCUUAGUGAACUAAAGGACCCACCUUCACACGGCCCCACUUGUCGUGUUGGCUUUGGCAGAUGGAGCUCCGAAUGCAGAGGAGCCUGCUGCCCUGGGGCCAGGAGGCACCUUACCUGCUCCAGGGCACUCUGUGAACACCCUGGGGUGUCACCCCCAUGUGUGUCUUGCGGGGUGAGACACCACUCAAGGAACUGUUUUUCAUUUCACAUGACGCAGCAGGUGUCACUGCUGUCCAUAGUUAUUUCAAGGACUGCUAGGUAUAUGAAAUACAGUCCGUGAAUAAAAGAAACGUGGGUUUCCUGGAAA